AUGGAAAGUCAGGACUGCUCAACAGGCCUGAGUUGUGGUCUUACGGCAACUGAUUUCGGCAAUGAUUUGGGCGCCGGUGUUGGCCAAGUAUGUGUACUACAACAUUUCCGGCGUACCAAGUGGGUUUGCAGGAAGGAUGUUAAAAUGGUAUAA